AGAUCUUGGGUAUUUUUAUUCCUUUUCCCUUUAACGUUAUCCUCAACAUAAAGGCCCUUCCUAUGGGCGCAUGAUCAUGAACAUGAUUUCCAAAAACAAAACCUGAAGAUCGAACAUACUUUAUCAAAAUAAUCAUUGUUACACUGAAAAUCACUAGAUUGUGUUGUUUGCGAAAGUUAAAGCACCACCUAAAUCAACGAAUCCAUGAAGCAGCCAAUGGCCCCCGCCGCCACCUCCUCGCGCGGAGGCGGUGGUGGGUCCUCGCAGCAGCCCCGCCCUGGACAACAACAUCCUCCGCACCAUGGUGCUCCGUAUCGCGUCGAGCGAUACCACUGGAGCGCUUUGUCCGUCGCCGAGUUUCGUCGUAAAAUCCAGACUUUCAGAAACCCCAUUGUGAUUGAGGGCAUGGGACCUCAGGUGCUGAACUACGAGGGCAUCGGAAAUUACAUGGAAAACGCACUGAGCAUCGACUUUUUGCGCAAGCAGGUCCGUGGCAAUCUGGUCUUGACGAUCCGAAACGCCGACGACACUGAAAAGGAUGCGACAUUCUCCGAGUUCCUUGCUGAAUUCGACGCUUGCGAAGCGGAAAGACAAGCCAAGGCCAAGGUAGUUGUAGCUGAAAACAGCGGCAGCUCAGGCUCCUCCUCUGUUCCUCCUCCUUCGACCGCGACUUCCAAAGGCGGGGUGUACCUGAAGGAUUCGGCCAUUGCGACCCAGUUUCCCUGGAUGUUCCAGAAGCACGUCCGGGUGCCGGCGUACUUUCUUCACUGCUUCAAGCACCGCACGCGGAAUAAAACCCUGCACGGCAGCGCGUACGUGCAUCCCUCGCUGUUCCUCGGCAACACCGGCACGAAAACGGCGCUGCACGUCGACCCCUGGCCGACAAACUUCUGGUGUUACCUGGUGGAGGGCGAGAAGAAGUGGACCUUGUUUCACCCGGACGACGCGCACCUCCUGCAUCCGACGCCGACACACGAGGAGCCGCCGUUCGCCUUUCCCAGUGUGGAAAAAUUGGAGGAGCUGGAAAAAUCCCAUCCGCCCUCGCGCCCGCGUCCCCGGCGCCUGGACUUUGUUCUCAAGGCCGGCGAAGUUUUGUUCAAUCCGGCCCAGACCCCACACGAGGUGGUGAACUUGAGUCGCACUUUGAUGGUCUGCGGGUUGUUCAUUGACCACUCCAAUCUGCAGCUUUGCCUGACGCACACCCGGCGGAUCCUGCGCAAGAUGGAGCGGGCACUCGUGGAAAAAAUCAAACAGGAGGAUACAGAAGGCAAGAAGGAGGCCACUGCGCCACCAAGCAUGCCGCAAGAAGCUGCCAGCGGGUCCUCCUCCUCGGGCGGAAAAAAGCAAUCGCCUCAGCAAGACGGUGACAGUCGCGGUACCCCCAGCGAGAUCGUGCUUCAAGGACCCGCUUCUUAUCCAGAACGAAAAUUUUCCACCGCCAUGUCAGAUAGUGGGGAGCAACAUGCCGGGCACAAGCUUGGAUCGCAAGAAGUGCGACUCAGCUCCUACGCUGCCUCGAGUGAAGCUGCGGACGACUUGAACAUGUUUGACGGUUGGACAUUGCACUCUGCGCACGCACGCGGAACGACCACGAGUAGAACGGUGACGACGUCAAAACUUGCCGCGGCCGCCCGUACAAACUCAAACUUGAGUACACUUGCGUCUACAGCGAGUUCCACCACGGCGACUACAAGGGCAACGGUGCCGCCGAGAAGCAGGCCGCGAACGAAUUCCGAGGACAGCACAGUAGCAUCUGCUUCUUCAACAUCCAACGGUACCGGCAAGAAACAAGGUAAACAAGCUGCAACUCAAGCAAAAGUAGCAAAUUUGAAGAGCGGGGGAAGUGAAGCAGCCGGAUCGUUGAAGAAGCUGGUCCAAGAUUGCGAGAACGGCAUGGAUGUUCUCUACUACGCCUUGUACGACGUCACUCCAUACACCAAAUCCGGGCAUCGCAAUCACGAAAUCGCCCAAGAUUUGAUCGUUGAGGAGGACGACGCGGAUCUUCUUGAGAACGACGGCACGCCGCUCCCACGCGUCCUGAUUGUGAACGAAGACGGCGUGGAGCGUCUGGAGGUCGAUACUUCUUCUACCGAAAGAACGAACGAAAGCAACUUGUUGCCCCGGACGAACUCCAAAAUUCCUCCCCUGCAGGCGAAGAAUGUGAUGUUCGACGCGAACGCGCCCCAGGUUGCGACGCUGCAGCGGCCGACGAGGGCCACGAUCCCAAACCCCGAGGAGUUCUUUCAAACGCCGAUGAAUUCCUUUUACCAGCAGCAGCAGGGUCGGGAAUCGGCCGUGUUUGCCGGGGCGGAUGGAGUCACGUACAUGGAGAGCUACCCGUCGGCUGCGCUCUCGGACACGGCGGCGCUGGACCCGGACCGCAACCUGUGGCUGCGGUCGGAUCUGAAGUCGCGCAUGAUGGCCGACAGCAAGCUCACGGCCUAUAUGGAAGUCAUGAUGAGCGGGGACCAAGCAGCUCGCGCUGGCGCUUCCUCUGGUGCAGGAGCGCCGCAGGGAAACCACCAGGCAGUGGCGGACCGCCUAGCGGCAGGUCGUUGGAUGCGCGGCGAGCGGUCAAACGCCGCUGUGUCGACCACUGCGACGACCGACGGAGGCGGAAGCAGUUCCCCUUCAUCGACGUCCGGCGGAGGUGCUAGGAGUGGCCGGGCAAUUGAUGUGUUCCGGACCGACGCGACGGCCUCCAGUGAAGGCAGCAGUACUGAUGGAGGAAGAACUGCAGGAGGCGGAGGUAGCUUUACAAGAAAUCCUUCCGCACCACAAGCGAAACCGACAACUACAGUCGGCGCUUUUACUGCGUCGCCCUACGCAGCGUUGCUGACGCGAAGUCAACUCGAGUUUCGCAUCUACCGGAGGAGCUGCAUUUUGCAAGCGUUGGAAGAAAUCGACUUUCCGGAAUUGGAAGACGAUUUGCACUUUUUCCGUCCGGAGACGCCAGGCUCGAUGGUGGGGCUUUUCCCUUUGCAUGAAGGAUUGCAGUAUGACGAGCGUACGCGCCAGAGCGAGUUUUGCACGGCCGGCCUCGCUAGCGCUCCGGUUUCCACGCACAAAGUGCAAAUCAGUGUUGUGCGGCAGGCGUCUGGUGCGGACGGAGGUAGUGGUCGCUCCAGUGGGGGCAGCACGUUUUACUUCCCAGCUUCAGACGAGGUCUCCCUGGUGAGCGCCACGAACGCCAGUGGCAACGAUGUUUAUCCUACUUCGCCGAUUGGUGCUUCUUCUGCCGGAGUGCCUGCACUGGAACGGGCAACUUCAAAUCCCUUGAGUCGCCAGAACUCUCUCACGAUCGAGAAGCAGAACUCAGAUACCCGCUAUUUCGUUCAAGGGAAGUGGGACCCAACAGUCGGCGAGUUUCGGCCGUUGCCUCGCAGUCCUCCACCCGGGAGUCCGAAGGGAAACGUGCACUUUUUUCGAAAUGGCCACAAGGAGCGCGAGGUUGAUCUUGAAACGAAGCCAGAUCCCGUAAUACACGUUCGGUAUUUUGUAAACGGCAAGGCGGUCGACUUUGUGCCGCAGAGCUUUGCUAACGCACCCGUUAGCCGACUGGAGUCUAAGCAUUGAAACUGAAGACCCUGUAGGACAGAUAGGUAUGGCGAAGAUCGCGAUCGUUUUCAUGAUGGAAGAAUAGCUUUUGCUUUAUGCCUUCUCUGCACGGAGGACACAGCAUCAGACGAGUUACAGAUGUUGCGAGAUUUCGCUUUAGCUAUGUUUGACGAUAGUUUUGUCCUUACUUCUUUUUACAACUUCUACAAACUACAUUUUUGGUUUUGCCGCCUUCUUGACGAAGGUGCGUCGCGCGCACCCAUGUGGAUCAACGCGUCGUGAUACGUGACGCUGCGGAAUAAACAAAAAGCUACUUCUUCCUCACCGGCAGGUGUUUUUUUUUUCUUUUCAAUGUUGUUGAAUGAUGACGACACAAGACUGUCACAUUUGCGGUUGCGAUGCAGCUGACCAUGUAUUGCAUGAUUACGAUUAGCUAGGUAGUAAGCCUGCUGUUCUGGUGCUGGAUAAUCUCUUGCUGAAGGUAUUCAUUGGCAAGGGCGAUCGCGAUGCAGACGAACGAACUGUCCGGCGGAAGUGUUGACAAAAAGUGAACGCGACGUAAUGUCACCAGCGUUUUUCCGUCAAUUCAAAACAAUGAAAAAUCGCGAAUCGGU